GCUAUGAUUGAAGGCAGGAGAAGGGGAGGACGGGAUGGUUGGAUGGCAUCAGCGACUCAAUGGACAUGAAUUCCAGCAAGUUCACGGCGAUGGUGAAGGUCGCAGAGUAGGACACGGCUGAGCGACUGAACAACAACAACAAAAGGUUAUAAAAAAGAAAUUUGAAGUGGAGCUCUUUGCUCCAUGUCCUUGAGCUGAUAAGAAAACACUCAACUUGCAAACGCGUACACAAAAAAGUGCAAGACAAAAGAGAAACUAAAGCUUUCUUUCUUUCUUUUUUUUUUUUUUUUAAAGCUUUCUUUCGAUUGAAGGCCACCUCCGCUGCCAGGAGCUCAACUGAAGACCGAGGUUUUCUGACCAAUGAAAACACUGAAAUGUUAAUAACCCUCUCCUUGCCCCACCCCCUGAUGACCUAAUUUGGAAAAGCCACCUGAGCGUGUUGUUUUCAAUCAGGUCCGCUAGAAUGCUAUUUAAAGGGCAGUGCCAAGUCCGUGGGGUUACAGCGGCAGCAACCAUGUCUGGUCGUGGUAAGGGUGGUAAAGGUCUUGGUAAGGGAGGCGCUAAGCGUCAUCGCAAAGUCUUGCGGGACAAUAUCCAGGGUAUUACUAAGCCAGCUAUCCGGCGUCUUGCUAGGCGUGGUGGGGUCAAACGUAUCUCUGGUCUUAUCUACGAAGAGACUCGUGGGGUGCUGAAAGUGUUUCUGGAAAAUGUGAUCCGGGACGCGGUCACCUAUACGGAGCACGCCAAGCGCAAGACUGUUACCGCCAUGGACGUCGUCUACGCGCUCAAACGUCAGGGCCGUACUCUUUACGGUUUUGGUGGUUGAGCAAAGUUUUGCUUGAAACGUUUGAGAACCUAAAGGCCCUUUUCAGGGCCGCCCAAACACUCGGUAAAGAGCUGUGGACGUUACUGAGGUGUGAGUAAAGAAGUACUUUAACUGUGAAAAGGAGUUGCCUUAACGCAGUUCCAUAUCCAUACUUCCGAGGGGUUGGGAAGUGACUUUUUCAUAAUGGAAAUAGGGGUUUAGACUCGGUAAAACCACCAAUAAAAAUACUGGC